CAUGGAACAAUGCUGACUGGAUUUGCGAUGCUCUAUAAAAUAACUCCUCAAGUCCCCUUUCCUUUCCAUUUCUCCUUUAUCUUGUAAUGUCUAUACUUUCAUCUCCCCCAGACCACUUGACAUCUGCUGUGUCCGCCCAUUCCAGCAGGCCGAUACGAUGGUCAGCCAUCAUUGCCAUCUUACUCGGAUUAGCCGCUCUUUCGCUUGUCCUAUACUAUCUGCACCUACGAGCCAGGGGCUUUGUCUGUAUAUUUGUUAUACCAGAAUGGUAUACAAGGCUUCGCGCUCAAUGGUUUACGAGAGCAGAGUCGCUAUUGGCGCGGCUGCCGAUGAUGGAAGAACUCAGAUGCACGUUGAGAAAGCGACGGGACGAACACACACCCCCUUUCUUUCCACCCCAACAUCGACCAUUGACCGGGCAGACCACCUUGCGCAGAUACUGAUGUGGACCCUCAAUGUGAUUUGUUCCUUAUGCAGCGGCCAUUGAUGAUGGAUAAUGGGGUGAUAACCGGCUGAGUGGAAGAUCUCGAGUUUCCAUUAGUUCCGGGUCGUAGAAGAGUGCUGUAAUAUCAAGAUCAAGGCGUGGGUUUCACCCUUCGUGGUAUCGAGUGCAAUUGUAACGUAAGUCUCAAGGACAUCUUCCGCAGUCGCAUCAAACACUAGCAAUUUCACAUUUUCUCCCCUGUUCUCUGGCGCUUGUUUCUGUUUGACACGUUCGUCCACCUUGUGAUGCAGAGAAUUUAUCCGCUCACCGUCAAAAUGUUUCCUUCUGCGACUGUAGCCUUAUGGUAAGGGGACACUCUGACGGAGUACAUCAAUCGUCGAUAAUCAGUGUUAAUGGAGAAGAGUCGUCCAGAAUGUCCAAGCCUAGUGGGACCCUCCUCCAAUGGCAAUUAUAUUUAUCUGUCAAAUUUAUGUAUUCUCAUUAUCCUGAUAAGAUUCUAUGUACCUACUAUAGGCCUAUCGGCUACGUUGCCGCGUCUUAAUAA